AUGCUGAGUAGGAAAUGGAACGCCUCCGUGUGUCCCGUUGCUUUCUGAACCAUCCUUUCAGACGGUAACAGCGGGCUUCCACGCACACAGUUCGGAAGUGUCUUCACCCAGCAUGCCCAAACAAGUCGACUGAUACACGGCUGAAGAUGGCUUCGGUUCGGACGAUAUAUAAAGUUACGGUCAGACUUUGGGGAAGUGUCCAGUGUUCUGUGGGAACAGCUCGUCCUGUCAAAUUCCUUCACCGGGUUCCGCAGAAGCACCCUCUUCUGAGAAACUGUCCGGCUCUUUACUACAGUACCCUCUCCCCCUCCAGUGAUGUGUCCUUGCAUUACAAAUAUGGCCGUUUGGUUCUGGAAGUCCCGUUGCCUUCCAGGAACGAGAAGUGUCUGUUCUUCCUGAGACCCAUGUUGAUGAGUGUUGGAGACCUGAUCGCUGAUCUGCAGAGAGAGGAUCCUGGAGUCACUGCGGUUGUGCUCACUAAGGAUGGUGAGCGUGUUGCCAACACCACACUGAUGGAUGCUCUGCUUGACAAGGACUUCCAGAUCAUCAUCAAUGACGUGGCGUAUAAUGUUCACUCACUUGACAGGGCUGUGUUCUCCUCCAUUGCAGUGUGCACAUCUAGUGAGCAUGCCGUGGACAUGGAGGGCAUGAAGCAUGUGGUGCAUCUGCUCCACACUGCGCUCCACCUGCCUGAACACCAGCUGCUGAAGGAGCGGCAGCUGCUGGAGAAACUCGACAACCUGAAACAACAGCUGUCUCCCCUGGAGAAGAUGAAGGCUCAGCUGUCCAGAACAGCAGAGUUCCACACUUCCAGGGUUCUGUGGACUGGCUUGGCCCUGUUGUCGGUGCAGGGUGGCGCUCUGGCCUGGCUCACAUGGUGGGUCUAUUCCUGGGACGUCAUGGAGCCCGUCACUUACUUCAUCACCUACAGCACCAGCAUGGGAGCCUUUGCUUAUUAUGUCCUCACCAAACAGGAUUAUGUCUAUCCAGAUGCCAAAGACAGACAAUUCCUGCAUUACUUUUACAAAGGAGCCAGCAAGACGAAUUUCAAUAUAAACAUCAAUGAACUGAAGGAAGAACUGGCACAGGUGGAAGAGGACCUGAGACGCCUCAGAUAUCCAACGCAGCUUCAGCUACCACUGGAACAGAUCCAGCUAAAGCCAUGACAAGAUGCCACUCAAAUGCUAAACCAGAGCAAACCACUUUGAUAACAGCACAUUUUUAACAAAAAAAAUUGUCAGCUAGUUCUACUUUUAAGAAAAGCAUGAAUACUAAAGAUGACUAAAAUAAAAAUAUUUCCUGUACAUUUGUUGAAUGUUUGUUGGAUACCAAAGUGUUAAAUGUUGAUUAUUGUAAAUAAUCACAUGUACUGUUAACUGAAACAAGUAAACUUAGAAAACC